AUGGUUAGUGUGCGAAGAAGAAGGAGGAGGGAUAGUAUUCUUCUCGCCUUGUUUGUAUUUUGGAUUGUGGUAUUUCUCAUCCGGCAACUUUUGCGGCGUAUAGAUUACGAAAAUGAGGCAAAAGAACUUGAUAAAAAAAUUAUUUCCUACAUUAACAGGUAUAUGAAGCUUCCGAUAGCAGCGUACCCUCCCUGGAUACAUGGAUUGUGGCUUCACGUUCCAGCAACCAUAUACUCUGUUGAUGGAAUUCUUGAAUUUGUGCAACAGUUUAAUAGGGAAAAAAUUGGUAUAGGGGUUGUCUUGGUUGAACAUGGGAGAAAUCUAUUUAUGCAAAAUCCUUCUGAAACUUUUCAUUUUAAGAGUCUUGUGGAACAGCUUCAUGUUAUGGGGUUUCAUGUUGUAACUUCAGUAGAUUCCUUUGUUAGACAUGGUACACAAGAGUUUUGGGAAUGUAAAAAACGUUCCCUGCUCCUUCUGGCACCUGGUGGUGAAAGUAUAAGUUGGCAAUACACUUCCGAUGGUAUUACUACUAACAUAUUUAAAGGAGGUUUAUUAGACUUUACUAAUGCAGAAGCUUUGCAGUGGUAUCAUCAGCGACUGGAUCAGAUUUUUCAGACAGGUGUGAAUGGUUUAUGGAAUGAAGCGAUGGAUGGUGUCCUAUCUUCUGCAUUUGGACAUGGUGUUCAAGGUUGGAGUGGAUUUGUAGACUCAGCUAUUUAUGCCAAUGACUAUUAUUACCAAACUUUUGACUACGGUCGAGAGAAAAACGGUUUUAACUUUAUUACAUCUUUUCUUCCUGUAGAUUCUCUUUCACCUGUAUCAAUCCCACGUCCCUUUGGUCCAACCGAUAUAUCGUUUGUUACUUUUAUACGAAGUUAUCCUUUUUCCUUCUCUGGACUUGAAGAUGCCCUCUUUUCGCUGGAGCAGUCGUUGGAGCGGGGAUAUAUAAAUGUUGGGGUAGAACCUCGUGGACUUUUGGAGGGUGGUGUCGAAGCUGCACUUCGGUGGAUGCAGUUAAUGGCACUGUGUCCGGUAACAAUUCUUCCAUCACAAUUGAAGGAGCAGGCAAAGGCUCAAUUCCCGGCUCAAUUCGAAAGCUUUUUCUUGGAAAUAGAAAAACUGACCCAAAUGCAUGAAAUGUUACGACCGUACUACUUUUCUCUUGGGUCCUUGACUUUUUUUCACCAAUUUCACCAGCAAAAUAAGACUGAACAAAAGGCACCUAUUCCCUUCGUAAUGCAACCAGUACAAGUGGGAGAAGGUGUAAAUGAAAUGCGUGGUUUCUGUGUUGGGACUGAACUGUUUUUUGUGCCAGUAAUUGCGCCAGCAAUCCUUAAUGGUGAAGAUCUACAAGCGGUACAAAGAUUCUCUGUUAGCUUUCCAACAGAUAUCGGUCCUUGGCAACCCCAUACUGAUUCACAACUUCCUCCUAUGGUUUACCCUGGUGGAAGUACUGCGCAGUUUACUAUUAAUGUUACUCAAAUGUUGCUUUUUCAACGAUGUGGCGGUAUCAUUCCCAUGCGGACACCAUCCAUCCCUGACGUUUUGACGUUUCUUAUCGAAUCCCCUCAUUUAAGCCUAUACCCUACACGGUAUGUACCGUUCGACGAAAUGGAGAGAGAAUUAGUCAAUGGAAAAGAUAAGGAGUUUGUUAUUUUCUAUAGUGAAGAGGGGAAAAGGCAUCUUCUUUGGUACAGUGUAGAGCUUGUGGAACAUAAAUUUUGGCUGAACUUUAACGGUACAACCUUUGGCAAGAAAACUAUACUUUGUGUGCGUGGUAGCGUUCUUGCUGAAGAAGUUGAUGAGAAUGGAUACGAGAAAACUAACUCAAUAAAUCAUUUUAGUGAGCUUGUUGCUUCAGAUACCUCAGCUAUGUUCAGUACAGAAGAAAAAAACUGUUUCUACAGCUCCAUUAUGGCAAUUGAGUCUGUUGCUCGUAUUGGUCCAUUUAAUACAAAUCAGUAA